GGAAUUUCUAAGACCCCAUCGCAAAGUCAGUUAUGGUUAAAAACCCAAAAAAAAAAUCUGUCGUACCAGCGGUUGUCUGCAUUUAUCGUUCCGUAAUGGUACCACCGAGUCGGUCAGUGUCAGUGAACAAGUGAAAUGGUUCGCGUUAUUUAUUAGUGUACUCACCAACUGCUUCUAGUAUACCUGAUCAAUUUUAAAUCGUGUGAAAAAUGGUGAUAUCGAACAGAGAUUCCCCAGAGGCCACCGCAGCCACAACCAUUCAAGAAACCGAAAUGGACUGCCGAUACGACGGCGAGACAGCCGAAUGCGAAAACCUGGUCGACCGAUUAGACGAAGACGAGGAUUCCUCCAGAGCUUCCCCCACUGCUGCCGAGGUGGUCAUCCCCCCAGACGGCGGAUGGGGGUGGAUGGUGGUGUUCGGCUCCUUCAUGUGCAACCUGGUGGUCGAUGGCGUCAUAUUCUCCUUCGGUACCAUGAUAGAGCCGAUUGCCGAGGAAUUCGAGGUGACCAACCCCAAUGUUUCGCUGGUGGGGUCUCUGAUGUCCGGGUUCUAUCUGAUAGCGGGACCGUUCGUUAGCGCCAUAGCCAAUCGGUACGGGUUCAGAGUGGUUACCGUGGUCGGGGCUGUUUUGGCUGCUAUCGGGUUCGUCUUAUCGAACUUUGCUACCAGCGUACCGUUUCUGUGUUUCACCUAUGGAGUUCUAGGAGGAAUCGGCUUCGGCUUCAUCUACGCCCCGUCCAUCAUCACCAUCGGCUUCUACUUCGAGAAAUGGCGGCAAAUCGCGACAGGCAUCGCGGUGUGCGGCUCGGGCAUCGGCACGUUCGCCUUCGCGCCCAUUGGCAAACUUCUCAUCACGCACUUCGGCUGGAGGGGGGCGCUGCUGUGCCAGGCGGCCAUCACCCUCACUUGCGCCCUCUUCGGCGCUCUCUUCAGGCCCCUCAAAGCAACCAAACUGAAAGACAUAGAGCCAGACACUGAGAAUUCGGAAAAAAUAAUGGACCCCUCCAAACUGCCAUUGGCCACCCGGCUGAAAAUGGAAGAGGCGAUGAAGCUGAUGAGGAAAGGUUCCCUGGACAACGACCACCAACACUCCAUCCCCAGACUCUUCGGAGUCAAAAACAACUCCGACUACCCCACCAUCUCCGACGUAUACCACACCAUCAGCAUCCCCAACAGACAGACAGCUGACAAAGUGAAGAGGCUAAGCGUACCCUUCAUCCCAGAAGCCCAAAGGUUCCAGAAGAAAAUACCCCUGCUCGACAUAGACCGAACCAAGCCGCUCGUCCUCCCGAAACGAUCACGAACCACCUCGGAGACCAAAGACCCCCGCGAAGUAGUGAGGCCCCUCUACAGAGACGACAUCUUCUUCGGCGCCAGCCUCGCCAGGCUGCCCCAGUACACCUCCAGGACCUCCGUGGAGUACAACCUGGCGAUAACGAGGCUGCCGACGAAAAACGACGUGGAGGAAGAGGUCGGGCCAGCGUGCCAGCUGUGCCCCGAGGCCUUCAGACGGGUCCUGGGCACCAUGCUGGACGUCAGCCUGAUGAAGUCCCACUCCUUCCUGAUCCUGGCAGUCGGGGGCUUCUUCACCAUGAUGGGGUUCUUCGUGCCUUACAUGUACUUGGUGGACAGAGCGGGGAAGAGCGGGAUAGACAAUAUGACGGCCGUUUGGCUGGUGGCUACUAUCGGGAUCGCUAAUACCGUGGGGAGGAUCAUGUACGGGGUGAUCACUUCGUUUCCUUGCGUUGAUGCGCUGUUCGUUAAUAAUGUGGCGUUGACCAUUGGAGGGUUGGCUACGAUGUUCAGCGGGCUGUCGAUGAGCGUGGAGUACCAGUUUGCGUACUGCGUGGUGUUCGGACUUUGCAUAUCAUGUUUCGCAUCUCUAAGAUCCAUCAUCGUCGUCGAUCUAUUGGGCUUGGAAAAUUUGACAAACGCCUUCGGUCUCCUUCUUCUGUUCCAAGGCAUCGCCGCAAUAAUCGGCGCCCCAUUAGCAGGCGCCUUCAUGCAGGCCACCGGAAGUCACAACGCGUGUUUCUACUUGUCCGGUGGCAUGAUUUUCCUCUCUGCCGUCAUGUGUUAUCCUCUGAACUGGGUGAACAGGCGAGAGAAGAAAAGGAACGAGAUCAGGACCCGAGAGGAGCGCUCAGCGUAA